AUGGUUGUCUUUAUGGCACUCAUCGUCCCUCUACCCUUCACCGUUAAGCGCAAGCUGUUCGCCUUCAUCUCGGAGAGUCCAGUGAUUGCAAAGCUGCAGUAUGGCUUGAAGAUCACAUUUAUCUUCAUUCUCAUCCUGUUCAUUGACAGCGUCAACCGCGUGUACCGAGUGCAGCAGGAGCUGUCUGCGUUCUCCAAGGACGGCCAUGGUCUCGGAGCCGCCCACCUCGGCACCGACCGUAUGGAGGUCCAGGCCCGCAAGUUCUACUCGCAGCGCAACAUGUACCUGUGUGGUUUCACGCUCUUCCUCUCCCUGAUCCUCAACCGCACCUAUAUCAUGAUCCUCGAGGUCCUUCGCUUGGAGGACCGCAUCAAGCUCAUGGAGGGUGACAAGAGGGCCGGCGGCAAGGACUCCGCUCGCGUCGCGGAGGCGGGUUCGGUUGGUGAGAUUGGUCGUCUGAAGGAAGAGCUCGAGGCCAAGGACCGCGAUAUUGAGACCCUCAAGAAGCAAUGCGAGGGCUUGACCCGCGAAUACCACAACCUCGGCGAUCAGGUCGCCGGCAAGAAGGGCGAGCGGAACGACAAGAAGGACUCGUAG